AUGGUAUCAGAUCUACAGAAAUUGAUCCAAGACAAUACAGAAUCAAAGGUUACCGAAAGGUUUGUAGAAACGAUUAAGAGUAUAGCCAAAAUUCAUAGCAGAGAUGAGAAAAAGUUCGUCAAGACAUGCAACGCCUUAGGGAAGUUCAAGGGCAAAGAGGACUUUUUGAAAGAGCUUCUCCAACGCAUCAAUGGAUCUGAAGUAGCAUCUGAUCUAGUUGUAGGUGCGGGUACGAAGGAAAAGGAAGAUAGUAUUCAUCGGUCGGGUGCCUCAGUUGCUAACAAGGCUAGAACGAAAAAGGCGAUAUCUUUGAGCUUUUAUGAGAGCGAUGAAGAACACGACUUUUUACCAGAAGUCACACCAAUUGCCAAACCUUUAUCUGGAAUUAAGGAAGUCGCCUUUAAGAGAAUAACAAAAAAUGCUGCAACUCAGCUGAAGGAGUAUCCUGAGCACACAAAACACAACACCAAAAGGAGGGAUAUGGUGCAAUACCCAGAAAGAUCUGAUUUUGUUGAGGUACCGACAUUGGAUUCUACUGUUGACGAAGAGCAGAUGAAACAAUUAAGAUCCACAGCAUUACCUGAGGAUGAGUUGCCCUUUACGCACGAUAUAGAAUCUACCACGGCAGAGAACAUUGCUGAAGAUAGAGAUUGGUACAACGAUGAGGAAGCGGUUGGGCACGUUAUUCCGGUUGCGAAUAUCCCGGACGAAGGCACGAAGAGGCCGUCUAGGGUUAACAUGGAAUACGAUUCUGAAGUUCGUCUUACAGCUAUUUCUUUUAAUGAGCGCAAGAAUCUCAUACCGCCUUUUCUUAGAAGUUACAAUAAUAUCAUUGGCGAAACGGUGAUAAUUGGCUCAUUGGAUAGCGAUCCUCUUUCAAAAGGAGGAUUGAUAAAUCCUUUUAAAAAUCCAGAUAGUGAGUUUUCCAUCAACGCCAGAAGGGGGAGCAAAAUAGUCGCUACGAGGAAGCUUCAACGUGAUCGUAAAGUUCAUUCUGCGCAGACAGCAAAUAUUGUGGGGACCGUGGUUGGUAAGGUAUUAGGUAUUAAGAAAGAGACCAAAGAAGACCAGAAAGCUGAUGAAGAAGUUGUGAGUCAGUCUUAUGCGGAGAUUGAAGAGGUACGUAAAUCGUUACCCGCUUACAGCGUUAAAUCUGAGUUAUUACAGGUAAUACGUGACAACCAAGUUACCGUAAUCAUUGGUGAAACAGGCUCUGGUAAAACCACACAACUGGGCCAAUAUCUCUACGAAGACGGAUUCUCUAAUUCAAGUAGAAUGAUAGGCAUUACACAACCGCGCCGUGUUGCCGCUAUAUCUGUCGCACAGCGUGUGGCCUUGGAAAUGAAUGUUAAGCUCGGUAAAGAAGUUGGGUAUGCUAUUAGGUUUGAGGACAAAACUUCUGCAGAUACUCGAAUAAAGUUUAUGACUGAUGGUAUUUUACUGCGUGAAGCAUUAUUGAACGAUACAUUGGAUAACUAUUCAUGCAUAAUAUUAGAUGAAGCACAUGAACGAUCUUUAAACACAGAUAUAUUGCUUGGCAUUCUUAAAAAUUUACUAUUGGUAAGGAGGGAUUUAAAGCUUAUAAUUACAUCAGCAACAAUGAAUGCAAAUAAAUUCUCAAAGUUCUUCGGUUGUGCUCCUCAAUUUACUAUACCAGGAAGAACAUUUCCUGUACAAGUCAACUAUACAAGAGCUCCAGUAAGCGACUAUGUUGAAGCAGCUGUAAUUCAAGCUAUUGAUAUACAUUUGUCCUCUCCAGCUUCCAGUGGUGAUAUUUUGAUAUUUAUGACCGGACAGGAGGACAUUGAGACCACAUGUGAAUAUUUAACGGAGAAAUUAAUCGAAAUUCGUGUUAAACGCAAACUUGUUGAAGUGGAUCCAUUGCGUGACAUCGAAGUGUUGCCAAUUUAUUCAUCAUUGCCAGCGGAUAUUCAAGGUAAGGUAUUCAAGAAGGCCAAGUCAAACAAGCGGAAGAUAGUUGUAGCUACGAAUAUUGCUGAAACAUCUUUGACAGUUGACGGUAUUAAAUAUGUAAUUGAUUGUGGGUAUUCUAAGUUGAAGGUAUACAAUCCCAGAAUUGGCUUGGAAAGUUUGGCUAUCACACCCAUUUCGCUAGCUAAUGCAAACCAGAGAUCAGGACGUGCAGGACGAACUGGACCAGGUAUCGCUUAUCGGCUGUACACAGAACACUCAGCUGUUGAAGAUAUGUACGAACAAACUAUACCAGAAAUUCAGAGAACAAAUUUGGCCAGUUCAUUAUUGCUACUGAAGUCUUUGGGUAUUCAUGACCUGCUUGCAUUCCCCUUUAUGGACAGACCUCCAGUGCUAACUUUGAUGAAAUCACUAUUUGAGCUAUGGUCACUGGAGGCACUUGAUAAUUUUGGAAAUUUGACAACUUUGGCUACAAAAAUGGCUAAGUUUCCAUUACAACCAUCCUUAUCAAAAAUACUUCUCUUAUCUGCAAAGUGCGGUUGUAGUGAAGAGAUGCUCAUAAUUGUUUCAAUGUUAUCUGUACCACAAGUAUUUUACAGACCAAGAGAGAGACAAAAUGAGUCAGACCAGGCAAGAUCAAGGUUUUUGAUUCCUGAAUCAGACCACUUAACGUUACUGAAUGUCUUCGCACAAUGGAAAGCCAAUCGCUUCUCUGCAGAUUGGUGUAACAAACAUUAUUUACAAUACCGUUCAUUGAGAAGAGCAUAUGAUAUUAAAGAACAGCUAGCUAGCGUCAUGAAAAAGGAGAGAGUACCAAUAAUUUCCUCAGGAGCAGAUUGGGAUAUCAUAAGAAAAUGUAUUUGUGCAGGAUAUACAAGUCAAGCUGCCCGAAAAUCAGGACUGAGCCAAUAUAAUCAUCUAAAAAAUGCCAUGGAAUUAAAAUUACACCCUACAAGUUCUUUGUUUGCCUCGGGUGAUCCACCGCCAUAUGUCGUGUAUCAUGAACUUUUAGUAACAAGUAAAGAAUACAUUAACGUGGUCACCGCAGUUGAUCCAUUUUGGUUGAUGGAAUAUGGUGGAAUAUUUUACAAUAUUAGGAGAGUCUCAAAGCAAGAAGUUUAUGGUUUAUACGAACAUGAUGAAAGAGAUAUUGACAGAAAACCAGAUGAUUUGGAUAAAAAGAUUAAUGCUUGCUAUCAGUCAAAAAAGGUUUUUCUUGACAACCUUCGGAAGGAUACUGAAAAAUCAUCUAAUUUAAAGGAGUCCCAGGAUAUUAAGAAGAGGGACAGCCAGGGGGACUCUUCAGUACGUAUUGGUUUCAAAAAGAGGAAGCCGCUGUAA